AUGAAUUCCACCCCAGAGAACUACGGAAUUGUCAAAACAGCUGUUGGAGAAGCAAGAUUGCAGCCAAUUCCCAUCCCACGACUUCGGGAUGGUUACAUUUUCGUUAAGACAAUUGCCGUUGCAAUAAAUCCCACAGAUUGGCAAACCGUAGAUGAAAAGUCCAGUCCAAGGACAAAGGGUCCCACGCUUUUGGGAUGUGAUUUUGCCGGGAUCGUGGUUGAGGUUGGGAAGGGUGUGGAGAAAGAAUGGAAGAAGGGAGAUAGAAUAGCGGGGAUGGCACAUGGAGGAAAUGACCUCGAGCCUGAAGAUGGAACAUUCGCAACGUAUAUUGUGGUCAAAGGCGAUGUUGCAUUUCACAUUCCGGAUAAUGUCAGUUUUGAGGAAGCUGCAUCGCUUGGCGUCGGAGUCACUACUGUUGCAUUGGGCUUCUACAAAUACUUGUCUUUAACCCUCCUGAAAUUUCCGCUUUCCAUGCCGAAUCGUCAGCGCGAGCUCCCUAUUUUGAUUUAUGGAGGAAGCUCGGCAACUGGAACAUUAGCCAUUCAGUUUGCAAAGUUGUCCGGAUUGCAAGUAAUCACUACGACGUCACCGAAGAACUUUGAGCUGUUGAAAAGCUUAGGUGCGGAUCAUGUUUUAGAUUAUCAUGAUACCAACUGCGGAGCCGAAAUCCGCUCGCUUACUCAGAACAAACUUCACCACGUCUUCGACACAAUAGCCACCCAAUCCAGCGCUCAAAUCUGUGCCAAUGCACUAUCUACCUCCGGCCACAAUCUUUAUGUAAAUCUCAUGGGUAUUGAAAUGCCCAGAGAUGACGUUAGAAACAUUUUCUUCCUCGGAUACUCGGUUACUGGCGAAGAGUAUGAGAUCGAAGGAGAAGUAUGGCCAGCUGCUCCUGAAGAUUUUGAACUCGGGAAAAAAGCUUUUGCACUAUUGGAAAGAUUGUUAGAGAAUGGGCUGAUUAAGAAUCAUCCGGUGAAGAUAAUGCAUGGUGGCUUGAAGGGAAUAUUAGAAGGAAUGAGAGAAAUGAAAGAAGGAAAAGUAAGCGGGGAGAAGUUGAUUUACAGAGUUGGGGAGCCUUGA